AUGAAGAGGCCGACCAUCCAGAUGGUCCAGGUCUUGUGCCUGAUCAGACUCUUCACAGGACCUUUGCAGGUAGAAAUGGAGAAGCUUCAGCAGCAGGACUGUUCGGAUCGCUUUAUUACGCUGCUGCCAACCGCCCAGAGCUUCACAGGGGUCACCAUGAAGAUGCCAACCCUCCGGAUGGUCCAGGUCUUGUGCCUGAUCGGAUUCUUCGCAGGACCUUUGCAGGCGUUGUCUCUCCGCAUUAUUGACCUCGACAUGUCUGAGAAUUCCGUGGACGAUCAGUAUAUUAACUGCAUCCCCCCCAAGGAGAUCCCUCCUGAGAGCCAAGAUUAUCUUCCUGUACCAGACAAAUAUAAUGACACCUGGCAAAUGGCCAAAGGGUACUGGGACCAAGUGAACCAAUCUAUCACCAACCUCACUCCAAUGCAAGGUACUGCAAUCAUGGCUUACACACACCCUGACGAACUGUACGUGGAUUUCAAUGCCGCUACAAGAGAAGCCGGGGAAUCCCAAGACACUUACGAUGAAUUUGUCUUCAAGGACUUCUUCUUCCUCUUAUCCACGGCUGUUCAGGCCAGGAAGAUCGAGGGCGAAUGUUACGACGUCUUCCGCGGGAUAAAAGAUAUCUGUUUCAAAGUCCACAAGGGAGAGAGUGUCCGCUUCGGCCAGUUUGCUUCUUCAUCUACCGAUAUAGAAAUAGCCAAACAAUUUGGCGAGACCACCGUCUUCUCCAUCAACACUUGUUACGGAGUGCCCAUUAACGACAUCUCGGCCAUCCCAGAAGAAGAAGAAGUUCUCAUCCCGCCCUACGAGAUGUUCAUCGUGACGAGCGAAGAAAAUGAGUCCCCCAUCAGAUUGGAAUCCGAUGGUGUUCAUAGCCGGUUCAACUGUGAGGUCCUACAAGUGGUAUCGAACGAAAGCACUCAGGUCACAGACGACUAA